UACGACCAUUUUCAGAGAAACAACCUUUUCCCAUCUGACAUGCGUGAUUUUGUCAACAGAGCUAUGCAAGCAUCAAUCAGGGCAAUGAAGAGGCUACCAUCGAGCUAUGAUCAACAAUAUUCAAAGAAUGAACUUCCUAGUCCGUAUGGAAAGGGGGUUCCAGAGGGUGUCGUCAGUAGAUUGAGUGUGCAGUUAAAACCACAGCCUCCAUUUUCCUUGGUAGACACCAGGAGUGGAUACGACAGCCCCGAUGUGAACCAACUAGCGACGAUUGAGACGUUGGUGAAGCAAACGGAGCACGAUCUAGAAAGGUUGGAGAAAACUAUCGACAAGUCAGAGAAACUCGGCACUUAUUUCCAUGACAAUAGCAUUACGAAAUCAAUGGACACUGCUCGCGACGCGAUGCACAAACACAUCGCUUCCAUCCAUCAAACCAUCAUGACCAUUCUCGAUCCAAGUGAUGAUGAGAAGGAGGAGAUGGAGGAAGACUACUAUGACGACGAACUAGAGGAAGAUAUCGACAGUGUCGACGACGACGACGACGACUACCAAGAUGAUGAAAACGACAACCAUGACGAAGAUGGCGACGAUGGCGACUAUGACGGCAGGGGUGAUAAUGACGGUGACGACGACAGUGGCGAUGAAGACGACAGUUAUGAUGAUGACAAAGACGACAGUGACAAUGACGAAGACGGCAUUGAUGAUGAUGAUGAUGGCAGUUAUGAUGAUGACGAAGAUGUCGAUGGUGAAGACGACCUUGAUGACGGGGAAGAAGAAAGUGAUGACUAUGACGAGAUCGACGAAGAUGAUGACAGUGUCGGAGGAGAUUUCGACGAAGAUGUCAGUAAUGAAGAGGAUGAGGAUGACUAUGAUGAUUACUAUGAAGAGGAAAGUGAUGGAAAUGAAGAGGAAGACGAAAAUUAUGACAACGAAAGCGUCUAUAGUGACACUGACGACAAGGAUGCACUGGUGCAGAAGCUUAUUUUCAAAUUCAGAUCUGGCCUACAAGGUCUUACUACCGUCGUGGAUGAUCUUGAAAGCCAGGUCAAUCCACAGCAAAACAUCAGUGCUGGCAAUCUGGAAGACCUGAACGCAACUUCACCGCAAACUCUUCCUACCGACAAACAGUUCCCUCCACCGCCUCCAUUUAGGGAACCUGACAGAAAAUAUCAGCUACAAGGACCAGAGGCCUGGGAAAGGGGUCGCAGAGUCUUGAAUGCUGUGAAGUCCUACGUCUGUGGUAGGGUUGACACUGAACACCCUGUUAUCGGUAGGUUCUGUGACAAAGAUAUACCGUCCAUGGCCCCUUUCAAAUUGCUUCGCAGCCGCGAUGACUGGAGAAAGUGGGUUGGCGUGUAUUUCCGCAUGAUGAAAAUGUCAGAAGAAACAGCAAUUGCAGAGAUCCAACAGUUAGAGGCAGCCGGCUUACUGACUACACAGCACCUGCUUGACAUGUUCCUCAGUACACCUAUCACAGUUCGAGCCAUGGAACAGGUCUCCCGCAGCCACGGCGUCCCGGUAGAGCAACUCCGUGAACAGCUGCGAAGUGGUCAGGUCGACAUUCAGACCGUCAACGAUAUCCUGCUUUAUAUGAAGAAGGAAGCCUACAGGUCGUUCACUAUACACACUUUAAACAACAAAGUCACAUUGGAAGAGAGCAAUGAUGACCUGACAAAGAUAACAGAGGACAAGUCCAAGUUCCCAGACAACCGUGAACAAGAAGUCGGCGAAGAAAAUCUUGUUGACCUAGAAUCUGAGCCGAACAGGAAUAGAGAAUUACCAGAAGAAUUUCAACCAGACGAAAUCGAAACAGAACUCCAGAUGGACAAUGGGAUUGACGGUGAAGCACUCCUAGAAAUUCCCAAUUCGGAAGUUGUGUUGGAGGCGGAGUUGGAAGGCCAGGAGAUGGGCGAUGAGGACGAAUAUCCGGAGUUUGAACCUGUGCCGGAAGACGAGCUUGACGAUCCUGCUUACACGUUACAACCAAUGGAGGAUGCUACGCAAAUACUUGGACAAAUUGAGGAGGAGCUGGAGGAACUGGGGCUGAACUUUGACGUGGAUGACGAGAAAGAGUCGGAGUUUGAAAAGUUGAAACCCAUCUUCGGAAGUGGUGUAGCCCAACCGGAAACAGCUGACAAACUGAAGAACUUUGCGUCGCUGUUGCAAAAACGUCAGGUUUCCCUGCGAAAGCCCGAAUAUCGUUUCAACAUCAAGAAAGUCGCGGAUACAUUCCUGGACGUCUCCGAGGCGCGGCGCGUGGCCCAUCGUAGCAAUGCUGGAGAGGAAAAGGCCAGCUCUGCCGUUCAGGGACCAACCAUGAUCGCCGUGGUUGCAGCAGUGACUGGGGCAGCCGUGUUCGUCGUCAUCAUUGGAGUGAUGCUGAAAGUCAGAUUCAGGCAGUCUCGCCGCGAAGGCAAAACCACCCUACCGGCCACCAACCUUGACAUCUAGUUUCCCCGAUAUUGAUGAAGAUGAUCAGAGCAGAUCCAGUAUCCAUAUGACGCCAUGUUUAAUUUCGGCAUUCUUCUUCAUAUCUCUCUGCAUGGAUCGUUCCUUUAGAUGACAUUUUUUUUUCGAAAGUGCAACUAUUCUAGAUGUAAGCACUAUUUAGCAGCCUCUUUGAAACGUACACGCGUAAAGGUUAAUAAACACGAUGCAUAAACACAA